AUGAGGGCUUUUACCAUCCUCACCAGUUGCGCCAAGGCAGCCAGGCCACCAGGCGCGUACAUUCUUAGACAAUCAGCAAGAAGCACAGUGCAACCUCCUCGGCCACACUCAUUCGCUUUUCGCCGGGACGGAAUCUCAACAGCUCGUACCCACAGCACUGCAUCUCUACGCCAAGAUGUGACUGACAAGGGUAUUGCUCGUCUACACGAAGACGAUGAGCUCCUUGUGUGUACCCAAUGUGGUACACAACAUGGCGCGAGAGCUACUGAUGGCCUUAAUGAGUGUCAUAUCUGCAACGAUCCGCGAGAGUCUGUGCCUGCCACAGGCCAGGCAUGGACAACCCUCUCUCAAGCUCAGGCCAGUGGCAAGUUCCAGAAUGUCGUACGUCAGCAAUAUUCCAAAGAGCCACACAUCUACACCAUUCAGACUGAGACGGUCCUUGGCAUUGGCCAACGCUGUUUCUUAAUCAGGACGCCCAAAGGUAACAUCUUGUGGGACUGUCUUGCAUAUAUCGAUGAUGACACUGUCAAAGCGAUCAACGCUUUGGGUGGAGUGGAUGCCAUCUCCAUCUCACACCCGCACUUCUGGACAACCCACCUGACCUGGUCUCGGGCAUUCAACAACGCUCCCGUCUUCCUUUCCUCUGAGGAAGCGUCGCUCGUCUCUCGGCCCGAUGCGCACGGGGUUAGACGUUUCGUGAAGGAGAAAGAGUUUGAGUUACUCCCCGGUUCCGGAGCAACACGUAUCAAGACGGGCGGCCACUUCCCUGGUAGCUCCGUCUUGCAUUACAAGAAUAGCAUUGAGUCUGCUCUAUGGGACAUCAACAGGAAACCUGGAACGGCCUAUUACGCGUUCCUUUGGUCGCAUGUCAACACGAUACCGCUCACUCCGGAUGCCAUCGCCGGUAUCAUAUCUGCAAUCAAACCUUACGACUUUGAGGUUGCACAUGGCAUGUUUCCAGAUCGUGACCUUCGCAAUGCGAAGAAACGUGCCUUUGACUCGGCGCGAGUAGUGAUCAACGCGAUGGGGCAUGAUGCGGAUAUGUAUCUUAAAGGACUUGACUAG